AUGUCUGCUACCAACGGUGUCAACGGCAACGGCGUUGCCAGCCGCAAGCACUACAAUGAGGGCAACUUCCUCUUCACCUCCGAGUCCGUCGGUGAGGGCCACCCCGACAAGAUCGCCGAUCAGGUCUCCGAUGCCAUUCUCGAUGCCUGCCUGCGGGAGGACCCCCUCUCCAAGGUCGCUUGCGAGACUGCCACCAAGACCGGUAUGAUCAUGGUCUUCGGUGAGAUUACCACCAAGGCCAAGCUCGACUACCAGAAGGUUGUCCGUGAGGCUGUCAAGGGCAUCGGCUACGAUGACUCCGCCAAGGGCUUCGACUACAAGACCCUCAACCUGCUCGUCGCCAUUGAGGAGCAGUCCCCCGAUAUCGCCCAGGGUCUCCACUACGAGAAGGCCCUCGAGCAGCUCGGUGCUGGUGACCAGGGUAUCAUGUUCGGCUACGCCACCGACGAGACCCCUGAGCUCUUCCCCCUUACCCUCCUCUUCGCCCACAAGCUCAACGCUGCCAUGUCCGCUGCCCGCCGUGACGGCUCCCUCCCCUGGCUCCGCCCCGACACCAAGACCCAGGUCACCAUUGAGUACAAGCACGACAACGGUGCCGUCGUCCCCCUGCGCGUCGACACCAUCGUCGCACUCAACAUUGGCGUACGGUUCUCAACGAAUCCCGGUUUCAAGCCUUUUUCGGGGUAA